AUGUCCAACGCUUUUAAUUUCGUAUUCGUCAGUAUCUGUGUACUUGAGGCAGUCGUAAUCAUUGUUGGAAACGCUCUCACCUUCUGUGUCUUCUGGUCUCAAAGACCACGUCUCAAGGGAACUUAUUAUAUUUUAAUGAACCUCGCUGUUUGUGACUUUCUGGUGGGAUUAACAGAGACUAUUAUUCUAGCAUGCUCGGAAAAGUUUCGGGAAACUACUGCACCAAACCGUAGUAGAGGAGAAAACGGUUAUGGUUUUUGGCAGGGAUUCCAGACCUUUUCCUCUAUCACGUCGGUGUUUUUUCUUGCACUAAUUUCGCUGGAACGGGUUUACGCUGUGUUAUAUCCUCUGCGCCACCGCGUAGCAAACACAAGUGCUUAUAUUUACAGUAUCAUUGUUGUGUGGGCACUCGGAAUUUGCUUGGCUGGGAUAAUUUUUUUGAAAAUCUACUACGCAAAAGUAAACGAGAUAGCUUUUGUUUUAUCGACUCACUUGAGCCUAUUUAUUGCUCUGCUGAUUACCUGUGCCAGUUACAUCACGAUACGCUAUCGAUUGCGCAGAACAGCAUCAUCAUCUGAGUUAGUAGAGGGCCGUAUCCACAACCAAUUCAGUGUAGAACACAGCUUGCGUCUUUCCAGAACACUUCUCGUGGUAGUUGCUGUGUCGCUGAUUCUUUGGCUACCGGCGUUUUUCGUGUAUACCGCGAGAGUUUUUUGUCUGAGAUGCAUUCCUGAACCUGCAGUAUGGGUCGUAAAAACCUUGCAUUUGGCAAACUCCAUGGUGAAUCCAUUCGUUUACAGCUUUAAGAUGACGGUUUUUAAAGAUGCAUUGAAAAAAAUGUGGAGAAAACGAAGAGCAAACAUUGAAAUUGUAAGACCUGUUUCUGUAGAAUUGCAGUGAGGGCAACUCUCCCGGUGGUUUCAAGAAAGUAUCAAAAUAAGAUCUGUUUGAUCAAGGUUUCUUAGACGUAUUACGCAAGUUCCAGUAUAAGCGUUCUUCUUUCUUUCAUGUAACUAGUCAAGUUCCUCUCGAAUUCAACAGUGAAUUUACUGGCGCGCAUUUACUGAACUUUGCAUUUACGGAAAGCAAUCUUCCUUUCGUAUUUUAGAUUCCAAUCAGUCUUCUAAAAUCUAGUCCUGGUUUCUCUAAAACGAAGCUUUGUUUUCAACCGCAUAUAAGGACCUUGUUACCUUUUUUGUCUGAUGUUCAAAUUUUACUGUUUAUUUUUCACGGUAUUUAACGUAUAACUUCAACACGGAAUUAACCACGGAAUCUCCCUCCUUUAGUUCUUAGCAGUUUUUUAAAUUUUUUAUAACAAAUCAUCAAAGAAACCGGUUGUUAUUUAUCUUCAGGACAAGGAGGAAGGGGGGGGGGGGGGGGGGAAUAAGGUCAGGGCAAAAUCUGGCUCUGUAAUGUUCUAAUAAUUCCUCCCUCAUUGGCAGUCAAUUUCCUAAAAUCCCUUAUACUCUGUUGGCGACGACUGAUCCCCUCUCUGUCCCCCCCUGAAAACCAUGUGAUUCUCACCUAAAUCCUAAGACUCCCCACGAAGACUAUUCCCUUACCUAUCUCGUACCCAGAUCCUACCGCGUAAGUGAAAUGUAGGAUCUUACAACCGCUUGGCCGUGGAAGGUUUGGAUACAAGACGAGUCCCUCCCUUUCUUGAGGCUGAAUAUGUUAACUAAUCUAAACGUGUCUAUUUUCCUUAAGGCAUGUCCUUAAGGAGUCAUCAGUUGAGGUGUGCUGUAAGCCUUUUUAAAACCUCUUAGGGUAGCUAGCAUCUAAUUUCUGCUCACGCUAUUACUGGCGAAUCAAACAUUGAGGUUAUGAGAGUAACGGAAAUUAUUACCAGCAGCUGAACGCUAUUAGCUUGGUUCUUAAACAAAUUCUCUAAGUCGUUAUAAAGUAAAUGAAUAGAAGAUGAAGAGUAUUGAAAACAUGCAGAGUAAAUUUACAGUGUCAUGGGUUAAGGAACUGUCAAAGGUGAAGUUAGAAGGUAAACCUAAGAAAUUGUUUCUUUAAGUUAAGCACACGUAUUGCGGAAGCGCCGUGUUCUUAAUCUUGGAUGUGGUUUCACUGGGAUUGAUUCAAAAUGAAACAGCAAUCGAAAAUAAAAAAAUAAAAAAACAAAAAAAAAACAAGAUGGUGUGAUGUCAUACAUGCGUAAUGAGGCCAGUGAUUUUGAAAAACAGAUCUUGAAGGAGUCUGUUGUUAUUCCAUCUUCGAAUUCAGCGAUACAAGUAUCAUAUGAAAUGGCAGCGAUAACUACUGGCAGGGGGGAGGGGGUUAAGUAGUCUCUUGCCCAGACCUUCCACGGCCCUACAAUUAAAGUUACACGAGAGGAUCUGGGUACGAGAUAAGGGUUUUAAGAGAACAUUAUGAGCUUCCCUUCGGUUAUACUUAACCCACCUGAACUCAGCCCCCGCAAGUGGAAGGCGUCUGGAGGAUUGACCUUAUUUCCGUACCACAAGGGGGAAGAAAACUCCAUAGAUGAUUUUUGUUAGUCUCAGCAUUUCGAAAAUUUCCAAAGGAAAAAAAAACUUGGCUACUUUUAACGUAUUAUAAAAGCUAAUCAGGUUAAAUAUAACGGCUUCCGUGUACAGUUAGGCUAAGCCUAUGCAAACAGGAAGCAAAACAAAAAGAAUAGAAAAACAACAUCUGUGCACCUGCCUCUGCGUCCGUUUUUGAUCUUUAAAUUGAUUGCCUUUUGGCAUUCAAUUUUAGAAAGCUGGCAUGUGUUUGAUUAACAACGACUUUUGUUUUAAAACGUUUGUUCUCCGUUGUUGGAGAAGUAAUGAGUUUAUUAAUUGCACUUGGGUGUAUUUUUUCGAUGAUGAGAUGAUAUAUAAUGGAUUAUUCUGUGACCAACUUUCGCUUUGAGCGUUUCAUUAUUUUGCUAAUAAGUAAUUCUAAUAUUUUAAUCUCCAGGAAUGUAUUUCCACUCUUUCCACGUACACAUCUAGUUUACGUGAUGUAAAAUCUUUCUUGUUGAACCAUAAUUCGUCGCUUGAGUUUAAACCGAGUGUUUGUUUAGUUUUGCUAUGCUCCUGUCAACAGAAGUUUCAUUGUUUGUGAUAGGCGUGGUUCGCCAACCUGUAUUGGAGACUUUGAAGAACCUUUAGAUAAAUAAUAAUUUCCUUAUUCUGUUCAUAAUUGUUUACACAAAAUUUCUUGUAAAAAUAAGGGACGAAAGUGUUUCUACUGAAAAUUUAUCGGCCUCUGGGGAAGAAACAGCAGAAAGACAAAAUGUCCAAGGAAGUCGCUUUGAUAUUCAUUGCUAUCUACGUAGUUGAAGCAGCAAUCAUCGUCAUUGGAAACACUUUCACUAUUUUUGUCUUUUGGACUCAACGAUUCCGUCUUAAACGAACUUGUUACCUUUUGAUUAACCUUGCAGUUUGUGACUUACUCGUGGGAAUAACAGAGCCGAUCAUUCUCGGUGUCUCAAAGUUCCAAGGAAUGACUGCAGCUGGACGAAGAAAAAAAGGGAAUAUGAAGAAUUUGUGGAGCCUUUUGUUUACGUCUACCCAAGUCCUCGCCUUUUCCACGUCGGUGUUUUUCCUAGCGCUUAUCUCGCUUGAACGUGUUUAUGCAGUCUUGUGGCCUCUUCGUCAUCGCGUAGCAAAGACAUCUCUUUACAUUUCCAGCAUUAUUUUAGUUUGGGCCGGUGGACUUUGUUUGGGUGGAAUGUCUUUGAUGGAGUUGUACUACCCAGCUGUAAAGAGAAGAAAUGUCGUUGUCGCCACUAGCAUAUCUCUUUUCAUUUCUCUGGUGAUUAUUUGUGCCAGCUACUUCACGAUCCGAACUCGAUUGCGAAGUAGGAAACCAGCAUCUGGAUUAAUGGUCCAGCGCAACCAACAGUUCGUAGAAAAGAGCUUGCGACACUCAAGGACAUUUUUUGUAGUAGCUACUGUGUCGCUGGUUUUUUGGCUACCAGCAUUUGCUGUGAACAUUACGAAAGAGUUCUGCUUAUGCUUUCCUGCACCAGUGAUUUGGUUUGCAAGUGCUCUGCGUUUGGCAAACUCUAUGGCAAAUCCGUUUGUGUACAGCCUGAGGAUGCCUCUUUUUAAGGAUGCAUUAACAAAGCUCUCGAGAAGGCGUGAAAGAAACUUUGAACUAAGAUCUGUCCGCAAAAGUAUCGCUGCAAACGUGAAUCAAGGGCCAUCUGAAAUGUUGUAG